AUGUCCGCAUCCCAGAUGGGGUCCCUGAGCCCCCCCUCGACAAAGGAUCCAGAGCGUGCCUCUUCAACGGUUCCUUCGAUGGUGGUAGAGGAGAGAACCAGGAUUGAUAACACAUCAACUACGGACGUGGACGAUGAAGCCCCCCAGAUGCUAGGCACAUCAAGUGAGAAGGUCGAAGCCGCCAACAAAGACAACAGCGAAGCCCUGAAAGAAGACAACAACGAGCAGAACGAAUAUCCCGGUGGUAUUGCUCUUGGCUUCAUUGUUGUUGCUGUGGUCCUCGGCACGUUCCUCGUGGCCCUUGACAUGACCAUCGUUGCCACCGCCAUCCCUAAGAUUACGGACGAGUUCAAGCGUCUCGACGAGGUCUCCUGGUACGGCUCAGCCUUCUUCAUGUGCGUUGCCGCCUUUCAGUCAACUUGGGGCAAGGUGUUUAAAUACUUCAAUCUGAAACUCGGCUUCCUUGCCUCUAUCUUCAUAUUCGAAGUUGGCUCUCUCAUCUGCGCCGUCGCACCCAGCAGCGUCGCCCUUAUUAUCGGGCGUGCCAUCUCAGGCAUCGGCGCAGCCGGUAUCGGUUCUGGAGCAUACACCAUUAUAGGAUUCAGCGCUCGCCCAUCUAGCAGACCAGCCUUAACCGGCAUAAUAGGGGCCGCUUAUGGUAUCGCCGCCGUCACUGGACCCCUUCUGGGCGGUGCCUUUACCGACCAUGUGUCUUGGAGAUGGUGCUUCUAUAUCAACUUACCAAUCGGCGGACUAUCAGCGGCUAUUGUCGUCGUCUUUUUCCGAACUCCGCCUCAGGCUGUGCCAGUAGAUGCUACACUCAAAGAAAAGCUACUCCAAAUGGACCCACUCGGUAUUGCCCUCAUUAUGGGUGCCACCAUCUCUUUCCUACUGGCUCUUCAGUACGGUGGUGUUGAGCACCCCUGGGAGUCAUCAACCGUAAUAGGCUUAUUCGUCGGUUUCGGUCUUAUCCUUAUUGCCUUCAUUCUGCUCGAGAUUUGGCUAGGCGAGAGAUCAAUGGUUACUCCCCGGCUCAUUAAAGGAAGGACACUCUACGUCUCGUCUAUCUAUGCUUUCUUUUUCGCAGGUUCCUAUUUUAUCCUUAUAUACUACCUUCCUAUCUUCUUCCAAUCCGUUGCCGGUACGUCUCCUAUGGCCUCCGGCGUCAGGAACCUACCGCUGAUUAUCGGCGUCACCAUUGCCACGAUUGUCUCCGGCGCAUUCAUCACCGCCACCGGCAUAUACACCCCCAUUUUGGUCAUAUCUUCUGCGAUGGCGGUGGCUUCUGCUGGGCUCAUCUACACCUUCGAUAUUGGUAUUAAGAGCGACAAAUGGAUCGGCUAUCAAGUACUUGCCGGACUCGCCUGGGGUGCUGGGAUGCAAGUUCCGAUGAUUUCUGUUCAAGGCACCACGAGUGAGGGCGACCUCGCCUCCGCGACCGCCAUCCUAUUAUUCUUCCAGACCGUAGGGGGAGCAUUCCUCGUUGCAGCAGCCCAGGCAGGGUUCCUACAGACUAUGCUCAAGAGCGCCACAAAGUUGGCACCAGACGUCUCCCGCCAACAGCUAGUGUUAACGGGCGCGACAGAGAUUCGCAGCGUUUUUGACGAGCAAACCGUGCCCCUCAUCAUCCAGGCGUAUAUGGACGGCCUGAAUGUGGCCUUCAUCAUUACUAUUGCCUGCAUCAGUGCCGCCUUUAUCGUGAGCUUCUUUUCACCCUGGGGCAGGCUCAACACCAAGAAGCUCGCUGGAGGCGCUGCUGUUUGA